AAUGCGUGACACUUGGCAAUGGAUCCAAUCCAUGGGGUUUUAUUUCUCUUCGUAUUGAAAUGAACGUUUUUCAUUUCCUUUCCUUUCCCUCAUUUUCCUCAAUCCAAACAUGAUGUAAAUUCAAAGGGAAUUUCAGGUCUUCAUUUUCUUGCUUUCUUUUAUUUCUUUGCUCAUUAUUGCUUCUUCUUGAAACACCUAAAUUAGUUGGACUUUAGGCAUCACUAGGUAUUACCUUUUGGUUUUAGCUCCUUGUUUUCUUCUUUUUAGUGCUUCUCUUUGUACACUUGUCACAGGAUAGUAGCCAUUCAGUGAUAUCUCCUUUUUCCUAUUGAAUAUUAAACAGAUCAAUACUGUUACAGAUUGAUUCUGUUCAAAGAAAGGCAUAAAAAGUCACAACUGCCUUUUGCAGGUUGAGGUGGAUGAUCCAUGAGCUAAGCUGAUACAAAGAUUGCUGGUAGAAGAUGCGAUUAGGCAAUUUUAUGCAAGAAAGUGGGAAGGACAUAAUUUUAUCAAGAGCUCAUGACUGCUAUCACUUUCUGAAAAUUUUAAAAUACUCCACAUCCACACUCAUGCAAAGGUGUGAACUCAGCAAGGUGAUAUACUCAUGAAACAAAUGAGAGAAAUGAUUAUGAGCAAAAAGAAACAAUAGACCAUAAACUUUGCACUUUGCAGCUGAUUCAAUGGAUAUGGAUCAUUGAUGGCAAUGAAUGAUGCCCAUGUAUAUGUAUUUGUUAGCCACUUCAUACCAACAGUUUUCAUCUGGAUUUCUUAGUGACCGGAUUGCAUCAAAAUGCUUCCUCAGGUGGAAAAAAUAGGUGCUGAUCAUGAGAUAUCGAAGAUUCCAUGCGAGAACAUUGCUGCCUCAUGUCAUGCCAUAAUUUCAUUUAAGAUGUGUUUUAAGCUUGUGGAGGGAUGUAACAUCAGUUCCCUAAAGUUGUACCUUUGUUUCUACUUUUCAUAGAAACAUGUCAUGUGGCUAUAAGAUUUCUCGUUCCACCUCCUCCCUCUUGGGUUCAUCAGAUCUUCGAUUGACUCAUAACCCACCUAAAACUCCGUAUCCAUUUGACUUUGGAUUUUUUCUGUUGUUUUUUUGUUUUGAUGCAACGGUGACUCCAUGGUAUUUCUUUGUUAACUUAUCCUGAAGUUGUGUUGUAUUGAAAACAUUAUUUUUCUUUUCAAUUGACCCAAUUGUCUUAUCAUCUUAUUAGCCAAGGUUCAUUUCUUGCGAAAGGUCAGGGGAGAAAGGCCAUCUUGUAUAUUUUCUCUUCCUGCAUUUCCUGACAUGAAUUUAUGAUUCAGGAUACAUUUGAACGAUGCAUCUCUUCACUAUUUUCUGAUUCAUGAUGUCAAACUCAUUCUUUAACGGCACAUCUAACUAUUUUUAAUUUUUGUUCAGAAGAAAAAACAAAAGAAACAGGGAAAGGAAAAAGGAGUUUUAUCAAGACUGAAAGCCUUGCCAUCUUUUAGGUGUGCUUUCGAAUCCUGGAAUAACACUUUCCAGCAUCUUAUUGAUAUUGUGAAGUAGAGAUGCCAAAGUGCAUGUGUGCACCUUUCGGUGUCGUCAGGUAGCACUUUUAGCAGGGAAAAGCAUAACCUCCUCAGUAGACACUUUAUUAAACACUAGACCUUCAC